AUUUGUUUGUUUUUGGUGAAGUUGCGUGCUCGGUGACGCACUACUCUCUGAUGUUGGACAGCAACAGGCGACUCACCUUUUGUGAUUCCCUACAGGCUUGAAAAGAAGCCGCUAGCCGAUGAGGCAUGUCAUGGAUAUACUAGAACGCAACUUUUCAGAUGCUUUCAAUUCCGAGCCGAAGGGCGCAGCAUUGCGCCAAGGGGGCAGAUUGGAAAUGGACGGUGAUCUCGACGAAGCGACCGUGGAGGGUGCGCAGAAGAAAGAUCGUCCCAGGGCCAAAUCGUUGCCUGCUUACCCAGCGCAGGCCGAACUCUUUGACGGCUUGAGCCAGAGCUGCAGAAAGAGAGUGCGUUUCGCCGAUUCCUUGGGUUUGUGCCUUACCAGCGUGAAGCACUAUUGCGCCGCCGAUGAGCCCCAUGUCCCGUCCAAAGUGUUCACCCGGCUGCAUAGCCACCCCCCUCCUCAGCUGGACGUGGAUCUCCUGGACGAGCUCUGUUUCAAGUUCUCGCCCGCACUGUCUCUAUCUGUUGACUGCCUGGUGCCCAAGUUCACGUCGCCCGUCGACAACGGUGACUUUGAUGAGCGGCUCCAGCGCUAUAAAGUGUCUCUGGAGAGGGUCUCCGUUUCUCACUUCGACAUUCGGGGGCUUGUUAGAGUUGUGGACCUCGGUGGAAGGAAAGAAGUCGGGGUGCGUUACACUUUUAACGACUGGUUAACGUUCGUGGACACGCAAGCCUUCUCGGUGACGACCAGCGGUGGGAGCACCGAGCAGUUCGCCUUCACGCUCUACAGCCCGCCGCUGCAGGGUGACGACUGCUCGGUGCACUUCGCCGUCUACUACCGCACUGACAGCGAGGAGUUUUGGGACAACAACGCGGGGAGCAACUAUACACUGGAGCACCGGGGAGCGGCUCCUCCCGAGUGAUCCUCCGCGUCAAACGCGCGCCUUUUGGCUGCAGGUUACCGGCCUGGGGAAGGCUGGUAACGCGCGCGUUAGGUGGCACGAAGCGCUGACAGGUGAACGAAAAGUACAAUUUCACACAAAUAUGUGUAUUGUAUGAGAAUUUGUGCCGCAUGUAACUGAACACGGAAAAUAAAUUCUUGCCUUCAGUAUAUGUGAGAGUGAGCAGCGAGGCCUGACUUCUGUUGCGUCUUCACUUUGUUGCUUUCUUCAAACUUGCCACACGAGAGACUCGUUGCAAAUUGUCUUAACUGUUUCUUUGUCUCUUUAAGAAAAGACUUUGAUUAUAAGGCGAUUCGAAAGGAUCUCAGAGGAGGCAGGGUUCCUUUAUAUUGACAUUUUGAAAAAUACGCAGUUUCUAUAGAGUUUUUCAAUCUGUAGUUUGGGGGCCAUUCUCAAUACUCAGUGUCUUAUCUUUUUCAUGUUUUAGUUAGGCUGUUGAAGAAAAUAGGAUUGGAUGGAAAGUUAUCAGACAGUUGAAAAGGUGCCUUCACCUUUUAUUUUUUAUCUUACACAAACACGUCAGUGUAUAUAGCGCCUUUUCCAUCCCAAGCACUAACAGUUAUUUAUUUGCAAGACUUGAUCACAGAUUGAGCGCAGGUAGAUUGACUGACAUGGCUACAAUGAGACUCUUUGAUAGAUUUUUAUAUUACUUACUGAAUUGCAAAACCUGUAUGCCAUAUUGCCAACAAAUGUUUCGGGGAACCAGAAAUGUUGAUUCAUUUGUUUAAGAGUGUUACAUGAGCUUUUUCUUCAUUUUACAUACAGUGAAGGUCAUAUGUUGAAUGUAAUUAAUUUUGAAUUACUUAAACAUUUUCUGGAAAA